GCAGGGGCGGAGCCGCCGCGGGAGGAAGUCAGAAGCCCCGCGGGCGCGCGCCGGCCAUGGUGCCGCUCCAGCGACUGCUCGACGGCGCGCGCCGGCUGGUCCGCAGGUCGGCGGAGGAGGCUGCGCCCUGGGGGGUGAAGUCAGUCAAGGGAAGCUACCAUAAUUUUUGUACUGCUCCAUCUAAAGAUAUCACUUAUAAGGAACUUAAAAACCUGUUGAAUUCCAAAAAAGUUAUCUUAAUUGAUGUUAGAGGAGCACAGGAAAUUCUUGAGCAUGGAAAAAUUCCUGGAUCUGUCAACAUACCAUUGGAUGAGGUAGAUGAAGCUCUACAGAUGGACCCAGAAGACUUCAAAGAGAGGUACAAGGAAGCAAAGCCACUUAAAUCUGAUAGAGUGGUGUUUUCUUGUUUGGCCGGAUUGAGAAGCAAGAAGGCUUUGGGUACAGCAAUAUCUCUGGGAUUUGACAGUGCUCAACACUAUCCUGGAGGAUGGAAGGAAUGGAAGGAAUAUGAAUUUCCAGAUAGGAAACAAAGAAAAUGACUUGGAAUACAAGCUGGUUCUUCCCUGGUCUACAUGCAACCUAAGACAAUGGAAUGCACAAAAAUAAAUAAAAGUCUAGUCCUGAAUCACUUGUUCAUGGAAAGAUGAUUUUCUCUAAAUUUUCUAUUGACUCUUUCUCAUAUGUAAAUAAAACUUCCCACUGCCUAUUUCAAAGGCUAAGAUAAUGUAUUUCCUAGCUUCUUUCACUGUGAAUAACUGAUUGUAGGGAAAUUACAACAAUUUUGGCAAUAGUGAAAGGUUUCUGAAUGCGCAAUAAGAAAAAUUCAAAAUCAACCACAUUAUGAACUCUAGGUGUUGCUGUUUGCAUUCAUCCGUGUUGAAUUUCUCAGGCAAAAAUUGACCACUAGUAGGGACUGGAGAUCGUACAGCAGGUAAGAUGCCUGCUGUGCAUGUGGCUGUCCCAAGU